AUGUCCGCCCAACUGCUGCUGACGACUCCGUACCACCCCAUUUGUAACGGUUUAGUGGAGAUGUACAACGGUACUUUGAAGCAGAUGUUGUGCAAGAUGUGCCAGGAGAAGCCCCGAUCAUGGGAUAAGUAUCUCGCCCCACUUCUGUUUGCCUAUCGAGAAUUCCCCCAGGCGAGCCUAGGUUUCUCUCCAUUUGAAUUGAUCUAUGGGAGGCAUGUUCGGGGACCAUUGACGACAUUAAAAGAGAUCUGGACGGAUGAGGAGCUAGGACGAGAUCUUAAAACAACAUACUCUUAUGUUUUGGACCUGCGGGAUUGCCUUGAAGAAACCACAGAACUGGCACAUCAGAGCUUGGCAGCCGCCAGCAAACACCAGAAGAAGAUGUACGACAAAAAGGCAGGAAGACGACUUUUAAAAGUAGGAGAUAGUGCACUGCUAUUGGUACCGGCCAAGAAGAACAAGCUUCUCGUGCACUGGAAGGGUCCCUACAAAGUAGUAGGAAAAAUAAAAGAAGUCGACUACGUCAUAGAUUUAGGCCAUACUACGAAGGGAAUCGAUGAUGUGGUGGUGGCCGAAGACCUCAGCGAGAGAAAGAAUAUGGGCGUCAAGAGCGUUCUACAAAAAUUUGAAGAGAUAUUUACUGAGGUGCCUGGACGAACAGAACUGUUGGAGUGUGCCUCACUACCUGGAGAUGCGCCUUACUUUGUCCGGGAGCCACCAGCUCGACUUCGGUUCGUGAAUAGCACCGGUGCCGCCUUGUUCUGCGCGGCGAAGGGGCAUCCCGUCCCCGACAUACGCUGGGUGACCGUCGAGAGCGAAGUGCGAGCUGAGUCGCGAUCGGCGUUGGACAUACCGGGGCUUCGGAGGCUGCAGCCCGACGGUACCAUCGUGUUCGAACCCUUCCGUGCAGAGCAGUACAGGCAAGACGUGCACAGCGCAGUGUACAGGUGUACCGCAGCGAACAGAGUCGGCGUUCUUGGCAGCAGGGACGUCCAGGUUCGCGCUGUGGUGCAGCACCCGUACAAGCCCCAAGUGUUCGACGAAUUCGUCAUCUCGGGCAACACGGCCGUGUUCCGCUGCAGUGUCCCGAGUUUCGUGAAGGACUUCGUGGACUUUGUUUCCUGGCACAGGGACGACGGCCUGACCAUCACAAGUACAUCUGACAGAGGAAAGUACAGCGUCCUGCCCAGUGGCGAACUUUACGUCCGAAACACCGGGCCCAGCGACAGACUCAGAAGCUAUCAUUGCAAAACCAAGCACAAGCUCACGAACGAAGUAAUCGUCAGUGCUACGUCCGGGAGACUUUUCCUUCAAGCCCCACAAGGAGUGGUGGCACCCAAGAUCACGGACAGUCACCCUUUCGUGCAACUGGUCGAAGGACAAGACAUUGUAGAGAUCGCUUGCGCCGUUCAGGGUUUUCCGGUACCAUCGUACAGCUGGUACCGGGAAGUGGACGGUCGCCUCGUGGACCUGUCGCUCGAUCCGCGGACGGCCCAAGUGGACGGCUCCCUGUUUCUGUCCACUCCCGUCCUCCGGGACGCCGGGAAAUACUUUUGCGUCGUCAACAACAGCGUCGGCGAGGAGCAGAUUCGAACCACGCUGUCCGUGACAGCGGCCUUAAAGGCAGAACUUCAGCCCACCGUGCAGACGGCGGAUGUGGGCCAUCCGGUGACCUUCAACUGCUCCGCGAGCGGGCAGCCAGUGCGGUCCGUGUCCUGGUACAAAGACCAGAAGAGGCUUCAGCCUACGGGAAGAAUUUCCCUUCUAGCGUCGGGCCUCGUGCUCCGGAUUGACUCAGUCUUGAGACAGGACGCCGGGGUCUACCAGUGCUACCUUCAUAACGAAGCUGACUCCGCGCAAGCGUCGGCCGAGCUACGGCUAGGAGAUGUUGCGCCUUUCCUCUCGUCCACAUUUGCCGAGCAAACUUCUUUGCCCGGCAACAGCGCCUCGUUGCGCUGCUCGGCUUCUGGAAGUCCACUGCCGCAGGUAACGUGGACUCUCGAUGGCGGCGGCGUACCCGACCACCCACGCUUCCGGGUCGGUGACUUCGUCACGUCCGAUUCGACGGUGGUGAGCUUUGUGAACGUGACCGAGCUCCGCGUCGAAGACGGCGGGGAGUACGUGUGUAGGGCCACCAACGUCGUUGGCGAGGCGAAACACUCGGCCAGGGUUAACGUGCACGGACCGCCCAUGAUCAGGUCCAUGGGAAACGUCACCGUGAUCGCCGGCCGAAGCUUCCAAACAGUCUGUCCCGUGGCGGGCUUCCCGAUCCACAACGUCGUUUGGCUCAAAGGGGACGCCAAACUGCCGACCAAUCACCGACAACAAGUCUUCCACUCAACGUUGACCGUGCAUAACGUCCAGCGGGCGUCCGACGAGGGAGAGUACUCCUGCGUCGCCCGAAGCGGCAACCUCUCCGCCAGGGGGAAUACCUUCGUUCACGUACAAGUGCCUCCUGUGAUCGAUAGCCAGAUGCUACCGGACAUGCUGACUUCCAACCAGGGAAUGAACGUCAAGAUGCUCUGCAGCGUUGUGCAAGGCGACCCGCCCAUUUCGCUGCGAUGGAUGCACGGAGCUCAGCUGGUGUCGAGAAGCUCGUCGGUGUCGCUGCAAAGUCUCGAUGAUUCCUCCGUGCUGACCAUCAAGGGAGUGUCGAUGCGCGACAGCGGAAACUACACUUGCGAGGCUUCCAACGCUGCAUUAACCGUGAAUAGAACAGUCACCCUCGUUGUCAAUGUACCACCCAUGUGGACCACAGAGCCAACCAACGGGAAUGUGGUUAUCGGCGAAACAGUCGUCCUCGACUGUGCCGCCGAUGGCUUCCCGGUUCCAAGGAUCGCCUGGAAGAGAGCUGAAGGUAAUGAGCCGAGGAAUUUCGAGAGGCUGACGACCAGCUACCGCGUCCAGAUGCUGAGCAACGGAAGCCUCGUCGUACAAGAUGCAGAAAUUUCUGACAGCGGGUUUUAUCUUUGUGAAGCGCACAACGGCAUUGGAGCUGGACUCAGUCGUGUCGUCUCACUUUCCGUCAAUGUGCCCCCGAGUUUUUCAACAAAGUUUUCCAGCCAGAACGUGAAGCGUGGCCAAGACGCUGUGUUACGAUGUGAUGCUUCGGGUGAUCCAGAAUUAAUAAUCAUGUGGGAAAAGGACAAACAACCCAUCGACCUGACCAUUGAGAAAAGGUACUCCUUGUUCGAAGAGACUUUAGAUGGAAGGCUUGCAUCAUCGCUAACGAUUUCAUCGACUGAGAGGUGGGAUGGGGCCCUUUACACCUGCAUUGUUAGAAAUCCAUUUGGUUCCGACGAGACGAAUGUGCAGCUGCUUGUGCAAGAACCUCCCUCUGCCCCAACAGAAGUGAGAGCCGCAAAAAUUGCAAGUCGCACAGUGGAAAUUAUGUGGUCUCCAUCUUACAAUGGAAACAGUCCCAUAAGGAAGUAUCACGUGCAUUUUGCAAACAGGACAACCAGUUGGGACACUUCAAGCAGUGCACUUCUGUUAUCCGUUUCUGGGACUGAGAACCGUGCUACGAUUUACAAACUUUACCCGAUGACGACCUACAGAAUACGAAUCACAGCUGAAAAUUCUCUGGGUCACAGCCCACCCAGUGAUACGCUGGAAGUGACCACAACCGAAGAAGCUCCGGGAGGUCCGCCACUUCACGUCAAGGUAGAAGCAACUGGCUCUCAGUCAUUGAAGGUGACUUGGGAGCCACCACGAAAAGAGCUUCAUUAUGGGCAGCUCAGAGGUUACUAUAUUGGCUACAAAGAGGAAGGCAAAAUGGAGGCUGAGUUUCAGUACAAGAACGUAGAGGCAUUGGAUUUAAAUACUGACUCCCAGAGGCACCUUAUGAGCCAUCUGACAAACCUCAAGCGCAAGACAAGUUAUUCAGUCAAGGUUCAGGCAUACAACAGCGAAGGUGCCGGUCCAAUGUCAGACGAAGUGAGCUCAACAACGCUGGAUGCAGUUCCCCCAACCUCACCCGCUCUGAGACUCAAGACGAGCACAUCAACAUCGGUCACCGUUGAGUGGGAGCGCUUCGAAGACGACAUCGUUGUUCGCGAUUACGUGCUUCACUAUCAGGUUGAAGGUGGGGAGUGGAGAGAAAUAUCCCUGAGCACAGACGACAACAAAUACAUUUUAAGAGGCCUAAAGUGCGGCUCGUUGUACAGCAUGUUCAUGACAGCCACGAACAGCCUGGGGACCGCUGAACCACGUGACAUCAUCUACGCCAGAACAAAAGGAGCAGCACCAGUAUCGUCGAAUCUGGAAGAAUUUAUCGUUCUAAACGCCACUUCCAUUGGCCUGAAAUUGGGGACGUGGCAAAGCGGGGGCUGCCCCAUCCUCCACUUCGCCGUUCACUUGCGACCCACUGGAACGAAGGAAUGGCAGAUGAUGUCCGACCGGGUGCCGCCCAGCCAGCGUCGGUUCGACCUCAAACACCUGACUCCGGGAAAAGAGUACGAGGUGCGAGUCAGCGCGUACUCAGAGGCUGGCAUAACAGAGGCCGACUUCAGGUUCAGGACGCUCAAUGCAUCUCACAUCGUUGGCUACAGCUUCAAUCACGGGAGCUCUGAGAUUCAUCAGACCGGAAGUGGCUUGCCUGUGUACCGAAACCUAUCCGUCCUGCUUCCGGUCGCCGUGUCUGUCCUGGUGGUCAUCAUUGUUGUAACCCUCGUGGUUGUGUACCUGAGAAAGCAGAAUGACACUUAUGGUGCCACUGAACCUAAUAACGACCACCAGAUAGAUGAUCCACUAAGAAAGUGCCGCGGGAGUGUGGAAAGUGUAGGCAUGGACGAAUUUUGCGCCAAGAAAGACCGGCUACAAAUGCAGCUUCAGGACGCCUGCACCAAGGCCACUUCGUACUACACGUCAGGAGCGCAGAAUCCAGGCACGAGACUGAAUAGAUCUGGGAAUGGCCAUGAGUACGCUGAGCCGUACGCUGCGUUGAAAGCGAGGCAGCAAAGAAUGCUCGAAGAGUCUGACUACGGGGAUGCCGUUGCCUUGGGUCACAUAUCAAGGUGGGAUGGUUCCUCUUACGCCUCGAUAAAACGCAGUCCCCAAAGGUCCCACAUAGCAAGCUUUUGUCGAGAUCCCGAAGCAAACGCUUAG